GAUGAUUACUCGGAAGCACUGAAAAGGAUGGCAGAUUAUUUCAAAAAAGCUUAUGAACUAAACAAUAAAAUUCGAUUUGAAGUGUUUAUCCAUAAAGUGGAUGGAUUAAAUGAAGAGGUGAAAUUGGAGACGCAACGCGAUAUAUUUCAACGUAUCCAAGACGAUCUCCAGGACGAUGGCUAUGAUAAACUUCAUAUAACGCAAAUAACUCGAGCCUCACGUGAAGCAGUUUUGAUCACUUUAUUCGUGGGACUGAUUGAUCAAGGACCUUUUCUUGUGUUGCAGAUAUCAUUUGACCUCAAUUUACGAUCAUUCAAUAUUUGA